CUCGAGCUUGCUCCAAUGGCUUCCCAGCAACCCCCCUCCAAGACUCCUCUCUACCCCUCCGUCCUCUCCUCCAACCCCGACUCCCUCUCUCCCUUCGCCUCCUCCUCCUCCUCCUCGUCUUCCAGUUCUUCUCUCUACCCUUCUCUCUCUGCUCCCCAACCCUCUGCUCCUCCAUCGUCAUCAUCGCCGCCGAUGUACCCCUCCAUCGACGUGUCGGACCUCGCCGAGAACCUCUUCCCCGACUCGCCUCCAGAUCGCUCCACCCCCCUCCCUCCCCCCGUGGAGGACACCAUCCUCUCCGUACCCGGCGCGAUCCUCCAUCUCAUUGACCGCCAACGUAGCGUCGAACUCGCCACUGGUGAUCUUUCCAUCCUCCGCCUCCGCCAGGGUGACUCCGAGGUCGCUGCUUUCGCUUCCGUUGGUUCCGUUCAGUGGCCCCUUGCCCGUGAUUCCCCUUCCGUCAAGCUUGAUUCCUCUCAUUACUUCUUCUCCCUUCCACUCCCCGCUGAUAAAGAUGAUCCUGAGAGCACGAUCCUUAACUAUGGCCUCACUUUCGCGUCCAAGGGCCAGGAGAAGCUCCUUGGUGAAUUGGAUCGAUUGCUUGAGACAUAUACGAGCUUUUCUAUGCAAGAGGUGAAGACACCAACGAAGGGUGGGGAGGUGCUGGAUGGGUCGGUGGCGAGGGAGGUGGCACCGGCGGAGAUGGUGGCCGGGCCCAAGAAGGAAAUGAUGGAGGAGCGUUCGGCCGCGUAUUGGACCACGAUUGCGCCGAAUGUGGAGGACUAUAGUGGAUCGAUGGCCAAGGUGAUUGCCAAGGGAUCGGGGAUGGUGAUCAAGGGUAUAUUGUGGUGUGGAGAUGUGACUGUUGAUCGGCUCAGGUGGGGGGAUGAAUUCUUGAAGAAGAGGAUGGGGCCGAAUGAUAAGCCGUCCGAAAUCAGUAAGGAUGCCAUGAAGAGGAUCAAAAGGGUCAAGAAAGUAACCAGAAUGUCCGAGAAAGUGGCAAAUGGCGUUCUGUCUGGAGUAGUGAAGGUCUCAGGAUAUUUCACUGGUUCGAUUGUAAAUUCAAAGGCUGGCAAGAAGUUCUUCAGCCUCUUACCAGGGGAGGUGGUCCUGGCUUCACUUGAUGGGUUUGGCAAGAUUUGUGAUGCUGUUGAAGUUGCUGGGAAGAAUGUUUUGUCGACAUCAUCAGUUGUGACAACUGGGCUUGUGUCACAUAGGUAUGGUGAACAAGCUGGUGCGAUGACAAAAGAAAGUCUCGAUGCUGGAGGGCAUGCUAUCGGGACUGCAUGGGCUGUCUUUAAGAUCCGAAAAGCUCUAAAUCCCAAGAGCGCCAUGAAGCCGACAACACUUGCAACAUCGGCUGUGAAGGCUGCAGCUGCUGAUCUAAGGGCUAAGCAGAGUAAAUAAGUGAUGGUAUCCUGCUAGUCUCUGUGUCCACUGAUGAGUAUGACAUGUCCUAGUUUGUGAGGAUGAAAGCUUCGCAUGUGGCUGGUUGAAAGCCUUUUUUGGUUAUUGUUAUGGGUUGGCUGAAUGAGAGUGUCAACAGCCUCCAUUUCUAUUUUUGUUUUUUAAGAAUUCUUUUGUGCCACUUGUAGUUUCCUAACUUAUAUUUGUCAUGUGUGGGUCUGUGAUACAUGGAAUUGUGUUCUGUUUAUUGUGAUUGGGUGCUGAUGUUAACAUUGUUUUUAGAUGUAUAUA